GAAGAGAAAGAAUUUAAAUCUGAACAUUUAGAAUCGCUAGUUAGCGCCUUUGUUAAUGAUACGCAUGCGAAUGUCAAACAAUGGCCGGAGCUGAGCCUCCAUCCCUGAAGGAGACAUGUUUACAGGCUGUCAGGAAGCACUUUGCUGCUUUGGCCACGGAGCAUGUGCUCGAUCUGCCAGCGGCUCUCAUGGAGGAGCUGCUUCCUCAGUUGACUGUAUGUCAACUGGAUGAGCUGCAGCCGGGGCUCAACCAGAGAGGGAUAUCAACUCACUGUGGUUGGGCGGGUAUUCUUAAGGACAUCCAUGGACCUAACUAUGCAGUGGACUUGCUCACUGAAGACGGGGCCAAAUAUGAAGUAAUGAGGAUGCUUUUUCCACCCCUAUUUUACGGCCUAACCAACCACUUUGUCGAAAAAAACAUCACAAAUUUAAACACAUCAUCAUUCAUGUUGGCGGCAGCUAAAUGUAUCAAACAUUUUUUACUCUAUGCAAGCUCCCAAAAACCCCUUCAAAGUUUAAUUGUUGAGCAGCAGCCUCUUCUGAACCUUCUUGAGAAGCAGAUCCGGAGUGUUGCAGUGCUGCAGUCCAUUGAUCUUUUAAAGAGGAAGACACAAGCAGCGUUGUACGUUCUCCAUCGACUUUUAGACCACGGUGUGACAAAGAAAAUAGUUGUGGAUGUGCAGUGUCCCAUCGUGCUGGCCUGGCUCCUCCAUGGAAGGGGAUCCCAGUAUGAAAAUCCAGAGUUGAAGAGCCUUAUGCUCAGCAAAAAGGGAAGCUUUGUUUUACAAGCUGUUUCAGCCAGUGCAGAUGGGGCUAGUUGCAGUGCAGGUCUUGAGACCAGGGCUUCAGAAGAUGAAGAGGAUCAAGUCAUCCCAUGCAAACGCUCCAAGAUGGAAUUUGUGUCAUCAGAGGAAGAAUCUGGAAAAGCAAGUUUCUCUGUAGAUCCAAAGGUUAGAUGUGGACCCUUCUCCCAAUGUGAUUAUCCCCCGUCAGGGGCUUGUCCACAGGGACAGAUCGAAUGUCUGGAGGUCAGGCAGUGUGGGUCUGUCUCUCUGAGUGUGCUGAGGAAAAGUCUGCCCACAUUUUUCUGCCUUCGCUCUCUAACUCUUCACAGCUUUGCCACCUUCAGGGACUCUGAUGUGUUGGACCUGGCCAGAGGCCUGAAGCAGCUGUCUGAGAGCUCCCGCUGCUCCCUCACUUAUCUCAACAUCGGCAUCCUGCCAUACACCAAGCUCAUGGAGAUCCUGCUGGAUGCAGUCCCCAAAGUGACGUCCCUGCACGUGGAGAUCCUCCAUAUGAUGUGGGGACCACAUCAUCCCCAGACUGCCAAGUCAGACGUGUCAGAGCUGCCCCUGCAGAAGCUGACAGUCAAAGUAACUGAGCUCCAGACAGAUCUGCACUUCAUCACAUCAGUGCUAAGACGCUCUCCUCAUCUCACCUCACUUCACUUAGCUGGGAUGAAUUUACCAACUGGCUCCUCUCUGAGCCAGCUCCUCAUCACUCUUUCAGAGUCCAAUCAAGGACUGAGGAGUCUGAACUUGGAAGACUUGAAUCUGUCCGAUUGUCUCCCUGACAUCCUUAAUCUACUGAGGAACUGUCAGUUGGAAGAGCUGUGGUGUAAUGAUUGCCGCCUUCUUGAGAAGUGCAGUGACAAGGAGGAAGCUUUGCAGCAGUUGGUGUCUGCUCUGAGGACAGUGCCUUCUCUUCACACUCUGAGCCUUGCUCAGAAUCGACUUACCAAGAAUGUGUGCGUGCUGUCCGAGCUUUUCUCAGGAUCUUCACCCAGCUCAGUGAAGAGACUCAACAUCAGCUACAACUUCAUUCAGCCGGCGGAGCUACUGGAGUUUGCUCACAGACUGAGGACACAUCGCCCCCCACAGCAACUGACUCUGGACCUCAGGAUGAACCCUGGGGAUCGAGACCCUGACACCUGGAACGCUGCUCUGAACCUGCUCCGUCCACUCUGCGUGUUGCUGCUGGAAAGGUGGAAGUCCACAGACACGAUGGUCGACCACAUCAGCAACAUGUGAACUAAUAUGACUGUAAACAGUCAGUAUUUUUGUACAGGUUUUCAUUUAGUCUGUGGUCAGUUUGACUUCAAUACAAGACUUCAAGACAACACUGUUCCGGAUAAACAGCUUCUCUGUCAAGUUUGUGUUCACAGAGCAUGCAGUCAAGCUGCAGAGAACUGGACAAAGCGCCAUAACUGGUUUAGACUAGUUAGUAAAGUUAUGGUAGAACACAAAUAUUGUUGCCUUGUAAUUGGUUUUUCAUAACUGUGUUAUAUACACUCAUUGGACACUUUAUUAGGCACACCUGUUCAAGACGUGGUGAAGACGACUUGCUGAAGUUCAGAGCAUCAAAAUGGGGAAGAAGGGGAAUUAAGUGACUUUGAAAAUAGCAUGGUUGUUGGUGCCAGACGGACUGGUCUGAGUAUUUCAAAAACUGCUGAUCUCCUGGAAUUUUCACACACAACCAUCUCUAGGGUUUACAGACAAUCUAGUGAGUGGCGGUUGGGGGGGAGAAAAUGCCUUGUUGAUGUCAGAGGAGGAUGGGCAGAGUGGUCCGAGAUGAAAGAAAGGCACCAGCAACUCAAAUUACCACUCGUUACAACCAAGGUAUGCAGAAUAUCGUCUCUGAACGCACAACACGUCUAUCCUUGAAGCAGAUGGGUUACAGCAACAGAAGAAAACAACAGGUGCCACUCCUGCCAGCAAAGAACAGGAAACUGAGGCUACAAUUCACACAGGCUCACCAAAAUUGGACAAUGGAAGAUUGGAAAACGUUGCCUGGUCUGAUGAGUCUCGAUUUCAGCUGCGACAUACAGUCGGUACGGUCAGAAUUUGGCAUAAACAACAUGAAAGCAUGAAUCCAUCCUGUCUUGUAUCAACGGUUCAGGCUGCUGGUGGUUAUAUUAUGGUGUGGGGGAUAUUGUCUUGGCACACUUUGGGCCCCUUGGUAACAAUUCAGCAUUUUUAAACGCCAAGACUUGUUGAAUCUAUGCUACGAAGAGCAAAAGGGGGUCCAACGUGGUACUAGCAAGGUGUACCUAAUCAAGUGUCCGGUGAGUGUAUAUUUAGUAAGCAUGGUAUUCAAAGUGAGCAUGGUAUUCAAAGUGAGCAGAGUGCGAAAAGAACAGCAUGUAGUGUUUGACAUUUGAAUCGUUUAUUAAAUCAGCAUCUGUUACACCUCAAA